AUGGAGACCAUCAUUCACACUUACCACCCGAAACGGACCCUUCUCCUUCUAGAGUAUAGGAAUACCAGCAACAAGACCUCUCCCCAACCACUCGCCUCCCCUCCCAAUGUCCUUCUCUUCGUAGGCGGCCUCUACGACAACUUCCGCUCGCCUCGCUACGUCGAUGACCUGGCCGCGCUGUUUCCUCGAGAUGUUGCCGACCAGACAUGGAGGGUGAUGCAGGUACAGCUCUCAAGCAAUGGGAGGAGCUGGGGCUUGUUCGAUCUGGAUCGUGAUGUCGAGGAAAUUGCCGCAGCCAUCACAUACAUCAGAGACACCAUCACUGAAUCUCCUUCGACGCCCGUGGUAUUGAUGGGCCAUUCCACCGGCUGUCAAGACCUCAUGCACUAUCUCGUUUCUCCCGUGGCGACCUCCUCUCCGCGUCCUACCAUUUCCGGCGCCAUCUUACAGGCGCCCGUCUCGGACCGCGAAGCCAUUUUGCACGCCACAUCCGAGUCCGCAGCCGCAAAAGAAGGCUACGAUUCAAUGUUACAAAUCGCUUCUUCGACGCCAAAAGAGAAGCAUAAGACGACGGUUCUGCCUAUGGACCUCACCACACCUAUUUUCGGCUCUGCUGCAGUGACCAUUUCCCGCUUCCUAAGCUUGGCGUCACCGACUUCGCCAAAGAACCCAGGAAUGGACGACUAUUACUCCAGCGACCUGUCUGACCAGAGACUCCGAGAGACGUUUGGCCGCAUUGGAGCCGCAGGGCAUUUCAAGCCUUCAAGCCAGGUGGGGAAGAAAAGUCUGUUAGUCCUGCAGGGCGCCGAUGACAAGAGUAUUCCCCCGACCGUGAAUAAAGCGCAUCUGCUCUCGCGCUGGAAGGUGGCGCUUGAAUCCAGCGCCGAGGCCACCCUGUCUCCUCACUCUGCCAUCAUCCCCCAUGCGGUGCACGACAUUUCGGGGUCGACCAAGGAGACGCGCAGGGCAAGGCUCGUGGUCAUGCGCGGUGCAGUGCUGAAGUACCUCCAAGACAUGGUCGGCGGGAUCGAUCCGCCCCCAGGACCCGAUGACGACAGCGCGAGGAAACCAUGGGCGAUUCUGCAGCGAGAUCUGGACGAGAUUGAAAGCGAAGACAAUGCUAAGGGCCUGGGCGCGGAUGCUUCUACGAGUAGACUAUAA